GAAGUUAUAAAAUUAAUUGGUAAAGUUUCUAACAUUCAUCCCACUUAAAAUAGAUUGACUCAAUUUGGUAGCAUUCACACUGAAAUUAUAUCUAUACUAUAGGUAUUACAUUUUACCAUUGUAAUAUAUAUUUCAGGGACCUGGUUUAAUUCAUCCAUAUUUGCAAAUAGACUCAUUAAUGGGCCUGCUUUAUUAAAAUGUUGCACUAUGUGCAAUUUUAGGGAUCAGGGGACAGGUAUUUUGAGCCCUAAUCAAAAUGAAACCAAUCCAUUUGUGAUACUCCUUCGUGUCGCCCUUAUGUUUUCCUUGUUCCAUAUUUCUUCUUCUUCUUCUUCUUCAUUUUUCUAGUUGUAGAUUCUUGUUCUAGUUGCUGAAAAUGGGCCCAGUAGGUGCAGAGGCUGAUGAGAACCAGACAGUGGAAGAAAUGAAGGUGGAGAAGUAUCAUCCACAGCAAACCACUCCUAGAGGUGAGCUGGCCCCCGACCCUGAGCCAGAGCUUAUAGACAGCACCAUGCUGAUUGAGGUACGGAUUAUCCUCAUAUUAGCUUAUUGCUCCAUCAUCUUGCUUGGGGUAAUUGGAAACUCUUUGGUGAUUCAUGUGGUGAUCAAAUUCAAGAGCAUGCGCACAGUAACCAACUUUUUCAUUGCCAAUCUGGCUGUGGCAGAUCUUCUGGUGAACACCCUGUGCUUGCCAUUCACUCUUACGUACACCUUGAUGGGGGAGUGGAAAAUGGGUCUUGUCCUAUGCCACCUGGUUCCCUAUGCCCAGGGCCUGGCAGUACAAGUGUCCACCAUCACCUUGACAGUCAUUGCCCUGGACCGGCACCGUUGCAUCGUCUACCACCUGGAGAGCAAGAUCUCCAAGAGAAUCAGCUUCCUGAUUAUUGGCAUGGCCUGGGGCAUCAGCGCCCUGCUAGCCAGCCCCCUGGCCAUCUUCCGCGAGUAUUCGCUGAUUGAGAUUAUUCCUGACUUUGAGAUUGUGGUCUGUACAGAGAAGUGGCCUGGCGAGGAGAAGAACAUCUAUGGCACUGUCUACAGCCUUUCUUCCUUGCUAAUCCUGUAUGUGUUGCCUCUUUGCAUCAUAUCCUUUUCCUACACCCGUAUCUGGAGUAAACUUAAGAACCAUGUGAGCCCUGGAGCUGCCAAUGAUCACUACCAUCAGCGAAGGCAGAAGACCACCAAAAUGCUGGUGUGUGUGGUCGUGGUGUUUGCGGUCAGCUGGUUGCCUCUCCACGCCUUCCAGCUUGCUGUGGACAUUGACAACCAAGUCCUCGACCUGAAGGAGUACAAACUCAUCUUCACCGUGCUCCACAUUAUCGCCAUGUGUUCCACCUUUGCCAACCCCCUCCUCUAUGGCUGGAUGAACAGCAACUAUAGGAAGGCUUUCCUCGCAGCCUUCCGCUGUGAGCAGAGGUUGGAUGCCAUCCACUCUGAGGUGUCUGUGACAUUCAAGACUAAAAAGAACCUGGAAGUCAAAAAGAACAAUGGCCCCCGUGACUCUUUCACGGAGGCUACCAACGUCUAAGGAAGCUCUGGUAUGAAAAUUGGUAGCUGAAUUCUGACCAGAGCUAUAAAUCUGGUUGAGGAGAGCUCCCAGGUGCAUCCUGAUUUCCCACUUUAAGGAGGAAAAGGAGGAUCUGAAUGGAAGCAUCUGCAGUAGAAUCUGUGGAAACCUGGGUGGCAAAGCGUUGGUGAAAAGACUCCUAUUCAAAGAUACAACACACAGUUUGCCUAUGGUUGCUUGGAUGGUCGGUCAAAGUCUGAGUAAAAGCAGAGAGGGAUGCUUUUGACUACUUCCCAGAAUGAAGGAAACCCGAACAAGGAAUUGGCAUUAUCAGCAUUGCUAAAAAAUGGUGGCUAAAUAAGUUGCCUUUCAAAUCAUAUUAGGGCGUCGACAGGGGGUGAUGUGCUGCUCACUGCCCCCUCAUCUGAGGAAAAGACUACCCAAAAUCAAUUUCCCUAGGGAGCCACAGGCUCUUCUUUAUUGUAUUUUUUUAAAAUUAUUCUUCCUAUGGACCAAUCCUUCAGGGAGCAUUACCAACUAUUUGAACGACUUACAGGAAAUAAGCUGAAAUUUGCUAUAUAAUUAGUAUUUUGGCCAGUGAUGGGGGAAAUCUUUAUUCAGUUAGCCAAUUGUUCUUAAAACCAAAUGCACAUUUAGUGAAAACUUUCUUCAACUCAGAAGAGAAGGCUGAAAUUCUCAGAAUUAUAGAAAUGUAAACAGUCAUGUAGCUUCUCAUUUCAAGUUGUGACUGCUUUAUAUAGAUACU